UUGGGACCAGCAAAGCAUGCAUUGUUUCCUACAUAAUGCACCCAGGGUCUCUGUAGCAGAGUGACAUUUUUUUUUUUGUAUUUAUUUAAUUUUUCUGGUUACCAUCAGCAGUUAACCUAAAGUCGGAACUGCUCCAUUCUCUUAGAGGUUAAAUGAUUCUCUGAGCAGCCCCGGCAGGGAUGGAUAAAUUGCAGCCCUGUCCUUUUUUCGAGGCUUUCUAAAAUAGAUUUUCAGAAUUGGUGCUGGCUGGUGUCUGCUGCCUGUGUGGUGACUCUGGAUUUUUUCUCCUACGGGGGAGCAUCCUUUGCUGUGUUCCCCCUUCCGUGAAAAGACUUAGGCACUUCCAGCUGGUGGCAGGGGAUACAGCAGCCUUCUCUGUCCCAGCUGUCUUUUUCAUUACGUUAAAUGCAUGAGUAUGGCUGCACCCGUUUGCGAAGGCUCAGGUAAAGGAAGGUGUAGGAGGAAGCCCGACACCAGGCAUUUUUCUUCCUGAGCCUAAGCUUCGGACAGCAUCUCUGUGUUUUCAAUGUCUUCCUGCUUCUGGCCAAAAGGACUCUUGUCAGUGAUUGGAAUGUUUCUGUGAAGCUGAUUAAAGGUGCCCGGGGAGAUCACCUCUUUUUUUUUUUCUACAAGGAAGCUCUGCUUUAAAGGAUUCUUUAAAUGCAUUAUGGCUCAUGCAGCAUCUCAAUUAAAGAAAAACAGGGAUUUAGAAAUCAAUGCUGAGGAGGAGACUGAGAAAAAAAGGAAACACCGAAAACGAUCCCGAGAUCGGAAGAAAAAGUCUGAUGCAAAUGCCAGCUACCUAAGAGCUGCUCGAGCUGGAAACUUGGAAAAGGCGCUUGACUACAUCAAGAAUGGAGUGGACAUCAACAUCUGCAAUCAGAAUGGGUUGAACGCACUCCAUCUUGCUUCUAAAGAAGGGCACGUGGAAGUUGUAUCUGAACUGAUACACAGAGAUGCCAAUGUGGAUGCAGCAACAAAGAAAGGAAACACGGCCUUACACAUAGCAUCUCUGGCAGGGCAGACAGAAGUAGUAAAAGUAUUAGCAACAAAUGGAGCCAACCUCAAUGCACAAUCUCAGAAUGGAUUUACACCAUUGUAUAUGGCUGCCCAGGAAAAUCACUUGGAAGUCGUCAAGUUUCUUCUGGAUAAUGGAGCAAGUCAAAGUCUGGCCACCGAGGAUGGAUUCACGCCCUUGGCAGUAGCUUUGCAACAAGGCCACGACCAAGUGGUUUCGCUACUGCUUGAAAAUGACACAAAAGGAAAAGUUCGGCUUCCUGCGCUUCAUAUAGCCGCUCGCAAAGAUGACACAAAAGCCGCCGCCCUUCUGCUGCAGAAUGACAGCAAUGCAGAUGUGGAAUCAAAGAUGGUGGUGAAUAGGACAACCGAGAGUGGCUUCACCCCGCUUCACAUCGCUGCCCAUUAUGGAAAUAUCAACGUGGCCACGUUGCUGUUAAAUCGAGGUGCUGCUGUAGACUUUACCGCAAGGAAUGACAUCACACCCUUACACGUUGCAUCCAAACGAGGAAACGCCAACAUGGUGAAAUUGCUGCUUGAUCGAGGAGCAAAGAUUGAUGCCAAAACUAGGGACGGGUUGACCCCCCUCCACUGUGGAGCAAGGAGUGGUCACGAGCAAGUGGUGGAGAUGCUCUUGGAUCGAGCUGCCCCCAUCCUCUCCAAAACCAAGAAUGGAUUGUCUCCAUUGCAUAUGGCAACCCAAGGGGAUCAUCUAAACUGUGUCCAGCUUCUCCUCCAACAUAACGUGCCUGUUGAUGAUGUCACUAAUGACUACUUGACUGCCCUGCACGUCGCUGCCCACUGUGGUCACUACAAAGUUGCCAAGAUUCUCUUGGACAAGAAAGCUAACCCUAAUGCCAAAGCACUGAACGGUUUCACGCCUCUUCAUAUCGCCUGUAAGAAGAACCGAAUUAAAGUAAUGGAGCUUCUUCUGAAACAUGGUGCAUCCAUCCAAGCUGUGACCGAGUCGGGCCUUACCCCAAUCCACGUGGCUGCUUUUAUGGGGCACGCGAAUAUCGUAUCUCAGCUCAUGCAUCAUGGAGCAUCACCAAACACCACCAAUGUAAGAGGAGAGACAGCUCUUCACAUGGCAGCUCGCGCCGGCCAGUCAGAAGUCGUGCGGUAUCUGGUCCAAAAUGGAGCCCAGGUAGAAGCUAAAGCAAAGGAUGACCAGACACCGCUCCACAUUUCAGCUCGGCUGGGAAAGGCCGACAUAGUCCAGCAGCUUUUGCAACAAGGGGCCUCUCCAAACGCAGCCACCACUUCUGGGUACACCCCGUUACACCUUUCGGCACGAGAGGGACAUGAGGACGUUGCCUUGGUUCUUUUGGACAAUGGUGCAUCGUUAGCUAUAACGACAAAGAAAGGGUUCACCCCACUUCACGUGGCUGCAAAAUAUGGGAAACUGGAAGUGGCCAAUCUCCUGCUUCAGAAAAACGCAUCUCCAGAUGCUGCUGGAAAGAGUGGUUUAACCCCACUGCAUGUAGCUGCCCACUAUGAUAACCAGAAAGUGGCCCUGCUUCUCCUGGACCAAGGAGCCUCACCCCACGCCGCAGCAAAGAAUGGUUACACACCCCUGCACAUCGCGGCCAAAAAGAAUCAGAUGGACAUAGCCACCAGCCUGCUCGAGUACGGCGCGGAUGCCAACGCAGUGACCAGGCAAGGGAUCUCCUCUGUGCACCUGGCUGCCCAGGAGGGUCUUGUGGACAUGGUGUCCUUGCUCCUCUCCAGAAAUGCCAACGUGAAUCUUAGCAAUAAGAGUGGCCUGACCCCUCUCCACCUGGCUGCACAAGAGGACAGAGUGAAUGUGGCUGAGGUCCUGGUGAAUCAAGGAGCAGCCGUUGAUGCCCCAACCAAGAUGGGCUACACGCCGCUACACGUGGGCUGCCACUAUGGAAACAUCAAGAUCGUCAACUUCCUGCUCCAGCACUUCGCAAAGGUGAAUGCCAAAACGAAGAAUGGGUACACACCCCUCCACCAGGCAGCCCAGCAGGGACAUACCCACAUCAUCAACAUCUUACUGCAGAACAAUGCCUCCCCCAACGAGCUCACUGUGAAUGGAAACACAGCCCUGGCCAUUGCUAAGAGGCUUGGCUACAUCUCAGUGGUUGACACCUUAAAGGUAGUGACGGAAGAGACCAUGACAACAAUUACGGUCACAGAAAAGCACAAAAUGAAUGUUCCAGAAACGAUGAAUGAAGUUCUCGAUAUGUCGGAUGAUGAAGUUCAUAAAGCCAAUACCCCUGAAAUGCUCAGUGAUGGCGAGUAUAUAUCAGAUGUUGAAGAAGGUGAAGAUGCAAUGACAGGGGAUACGGACAAAUAUCUUGGGCCCCAAGAUCUCAAAGAGUUGGGAGAUGAUUCCCUGCCUGCGGAAGGAUACAUAGGCUUCAGCAUGGGAGCCCGCUCAGCCAGUCCUAAGAUCAGCCUCCGCUCCUUCAGUUCGGAUAGGUCUUACACACUGAACCGAAGCUCCUACGCCCGGGACAGCAUGAUGAUUGAAGAAUUGCUGGUGCCGUCCAAGGAUCAGCACCUGACAUUUACAAGGGAAUUCGAUUCCGAUUCUCUUAGGCAUUAUAGCUGGGCUGCAGAUCCCCUGGACAAUGUUAACCUUGUCUCAAGCCCCAUCCACUCUGGCUGUUCCUCUCCACUUCCCCAGUAUGAUUCAAGGUUCCUGGUGAGUUUCAUGGUGGAUGCCCGAGGGGGCUCCAUGAGAGGAAGUCGCCACCAUGGGAUGCGCAUCAUCAUCCCGCCGCGCAAGUGCACGGCGCCCACUCGCAUCACUUGCCGACUGGUAAAGAGACAUAAGCUGGCCAACCCACCCCCCAUGGUGGAAGGAGAGGGAUUAGCCAGCAGACUGGUAGAAAUGGGGCCUGCGGGGGCACAGUUCUUAGGUAAACUGCACCUUCCCUCCAAUCCUCCCCCUGUAAACGAGGGUGAGAGCUUGGUUAGCCGAAUCCUGCAGCUUGGGCCUCAAGGAACAAAAUUUAUUGGCCCAGUCAUAGUGGAAAUUCCUCAUUUUGGAUCAAUGAGAGGGAAGGAAAGAGAACUCAUUGUUCUCCGGAGUGAAAAUGGUGAAACAUGGAAAGAACAUCAGUUUGACAGCAAAAAUGAAGAUUUAACUGAGUUACUUAAUGGCAUGGACGAAGAGCUGGACAGCCCUGAAGAGUUGGGAAAGAAGCGCAUCUGUAGGAUUAUCACCAAGGAUUUUCCCCAAUACUUUGCGGUGGUCUCACGGAUCAAGCAGGAGAGCAACCAGAUCGGGCCAGAAGGGGGCAUCCUGAGCAGCACCACCGUGCCCCUGGUUCAAGCAUCCUUUCCUGAGGGUGCUCUGACCAAAAGGAUCCGAGUGGGCCUCCAGGCCCAGCCUGUUCCAGAAGAAAUUGUGAAAAAAAUCCUUGGAAAUAAAGCAACCUUUAGCCCAAUUGUCACCGUGGAGCCAAGAAGAAGGAAAUUCCAUAAACCAAUAACAAUGACCAUUCCGGUGCCUCCCCCAUCAGGAGAAGGUGUAGCCAAUGGCUACAAAGGAGACACCACACCUAACCUUCGCCUUCUCUGUAGCAUUACAGGGGGAACGUCACCUGCGCAGUGGGAAGACAUCACAGGAACCACGCCACUGACAUUCAUAAAGGACUCUGUCUCUUUUACGACCAAUGUCUCAGCCAGGUUUUGGCUUGCGGAUUGCCAUCAAGUUUUGGAAACUGUGGGGUUAGCUACUCAGCUUUACAGGGAAUUAAUAUGUGUCCCGUACAUGGCCAAGUUUGUGGUUUUUGCCAAAAUGAGUGAUCCUUUGGAAUCUUCCUUACGAUGCUUCUGCAUGACAGACGAUAAAGUGGAUAAAACUUUGGAGCAGCAAGAAAAUUUUGAGGAAGUUGCAAGGAGCAAAGAUAUUGAGGUCCUGGAAGGAAAGCCCAUUUAUGUGGAUUGUUAUGGGAAUCUGGCUCCCCUCACCAAAGGAGGCCACCAAUUGGUCUUUAACUUCUAUGCUUUCAAAGAGAAUAGGCUGCCAUUUUCAGUCAAGAUCAGAGAUACAAGCCAAGAGCCCUGCGGUCGGUUGUCAUUUCUGAAAGAACCAAAGACUACCAAAGGAUUGCCCCAAACAGCUGUUUGCAACUUAAACAUUACCCUUCCAGCACAUAAAAAGGAAACAGAGUCAGAUCCAGAUGAUGAGACAGAGAAAGCCGACCGCCGCCAGAACUUUGCAUCUAUGGCCCUACGUAAGCGCUAUAGCUACUUGACUGAGCCUGGAAUGAAACCAGUUGAACGGAGUGCAGGAGCCACGAGAUCCCUACCCGUCACUUGCUCCUCAUACAAGCCCUUCUUUUCUACGAGACCCUAUCAGUCCUGGACAACAGCUCCAAUGACAGUGCCUGGACAAACCAAGUCAGGCUUGACUUCCUUGUCCAGUUCUUCUUCUAAUACUCCAUCAGCUUCUCCAUUAAAGUCAAUAUGGUCUGUUUCCUCUCCUUCUCCAAUCAAAUCCACCUUAGGCGCUUCAACGACAUCUUCAGUUAAAUCCAUUAGUGAUGUGGCAUCGCCCAUCAGAUCCUUCUGGACAGUCUCUUCGCCAAUAAAAACAGUUGUUUCACAGCCUCCUUACAAUAUCCAAGUCUCUUCUGGGUCACUUGUUAGAGCUCCCACAAUGACUGAGGCUGCUAUCCCUCCCUUAAAAGGGCUGGCAUCCAGUUCAACCUUUUCCUCUCGGACCUCUCCGGUGACCACAGCCGGCUCCCUUUUGGAGAGGUCGUCAAUUACCAUGACACCCCCAGCAUCCCCUAAGUCCAACAUUAAUAUGUAUUCUUCAACCUUGCCCUUUAAAUCUAUCAUCACUUCCACACCACCACUGGUGUCUUCCCCUUUAAAGUCCGUGGUGUCUUCCGCUAAGUCGGCAGUCGAUGCUGUUUCCUCCACCAAAGUGAUGGUGGCAUCCUCUCUCUCUUCUCCUGUGAAACAUAUGACUGGGCACGCAGAGGUAGCAUUAGUUAAUGGGUCUAUUUCACCUCUGAAGUAUCCAUCAUCUUCAGCUUUAAUUAAUGGAGCCAAAGCCUCAGCCACUGCCACGCUACAAGAAAAAAUCUCUGCAGCCACAAACUCCAUUAGCUCUGGUGUUAGUGCAGCUGCUGAUACAGUUGAGAAAGUGUUUUCUACCACUACCGCCAUGCCAUUCUCCCCGCUCAGGUCAUUUGUGUCUUCAGCGCCAUCUGCUUUUCAGUCUAUACGAACUCCUUCCGUGAGUGCACUCUACACAUCCCUGGGGUCAUCGAUAUCAGCAACUACCUCAUCAGUAACUUCAUCAACAAUAACUGUGCCCGUCUACUCCGUAGUCAAUGUUUUGUCAGAACCAGCACUGAAGAAGCUUCCAGACUCCACCUCAAUGACAAAAUCCGCAGCUGCCCUCUUGUCUCCCAUUAAAACACUGACUACAGAGACACGUCCUCAGCCCCACUUCAAUCGGGCAUCAUCCCCAAUCAAGUCAUCCUUGUUCCUCGCGCCCUCUGCACUUAAACUGUCCACACCAUCUUCUUUAUCUUCAAGUCAGGAGAUACUGAAAGAUGUAGCCGAGAUGAAGGAAGAUCUAAUAAGAAUGACCGCCAUCCUGCAGACAGACGUGGCUGAGGAAAAACCGUUCCAAACAGAGCCAACCAAAGAGGGGAGAAUCGACGAUGAGGAACCAUUUAAGAUUGUUGAGAAAGUCAAGGAAGACUUAGUCAAAGUUAGUGAGAUACUUAAGAAGGAUGUGUGUGUAGAAAGCAAAGGGGCAUCUGUGGUUUCCCAGAACGACAAAGGACACUCCCCUGAAGAUGACUGGACUGAGUUCAGUUCAGAAGAGCUAAAGGAAGCAAGACAGCAAGCCGCUCCGUGCCCUCUUGCAUCCACACCAGAGAAGGUCCAAAUUAAAGCAAAAACUAUGUCUGAGAAGGAUUACAACUUGACCAAAGUCAUCGAUUACUUAACAAAUGAUAUUGGGAGCAGCUCAUUAACGAACUUAAAGUACAAGCUCGAAGAUGCAAAGAAAGAUGGCGAAGAGAGGCAGAAAAGAAUUUUAAAGCCAGCAAUCGCUUUGCAGGAGCACAAACUUAAGAUGCCUCCCGCCUCCAUGAGACCUUCCACUUCAGAAAAAGAAUUGUGCAAAAUUGCAGAUUCCUUCUACGGAACAGACACUAUUUUGGAAUCUCCUGAUGAUUUCUCUCAACACGACCAAGAUAAAAGCCCCUUAUCAGAUAGCGGCUUUGAAACGAGAAGCGAGAAGACGCCUUCUGCCCCGCAGAGCGCAGAGAGCACGGGUCCCAAACCACUUUUCCAUGAGGUUCCCAUCCCUCCAGUCAUUACAGAGACAAGAACAGAAGUGGUUCACGUGAUCCGUAGCUAUGAGCCCUCUUCGGGAGAGAUCGCAGAGGCCCAGGAGCGACCCUUGUCACCCAAGCCCUCGCCACCCUUUAUGGAAUCGGAGCCAAAGCCGACCACUUCUAGUAUUAAAGAGAAAGUCAAAGUAUUUCAGAUGAAAGCCAAUGGAGAAGAGGAAGACCGUAACCGGGCGACGGGCAAAAGCGUCCGCGUUAAAGAAGAAACUCACAUAACCACUACCACACGGAUGGUGUACCAUUCGCCACCGGGUAGUGAAGGCAAUUCAGAAAGAAUCGAAGAAACCAUGUCUGUCCACGAUAUCAUGAAAGCCUUCCAGUCCGGGCGGGACCCGUCCAAAGAACUGGCAGGUCUGUUUGAGCACAAGUCUGCCGUGGCACCAGACGCGCACAAGUCUGCUGCUGAGACCCCACCCCAGCAUGCAGAGAGGGAGAGCCCCUUGAAACCCAAACUGGAGCGUAUAAUAGAGGUCCACAUCGAAAAAGGUAACCAAGCCGAACCCACUGAAGUCAUUAUUAGAGAGACCAAAAAGCAUCCAGAAAAGGAAAUGUUUGUGUAUCAGAAAGACUUGUCUCGGGGCGAUAUUAACCUAAAAGAUUUUCUGCCUGAGAAACAUGAGCCUUUUCCCAGCUCCGAGGAGCAGGGUCCACCAGAGGAAGAAGAGCUCACUGCGGAGGAAUCCCUGCCUUCCUACCUGGAGUCUUCAAGAGUAAACACCCCCGUGUCCCAGGAAGAAGAUAGUCGCCCUAGUUCUGCCCAACUCAUGUCUGAUGACUCUUACAAAACAUUGAAGCUUUUGAGUCAGCACUCAAUAGAAUACCAUGAGGAUGAGUUGUCAGAACUAAGAGGGGAGUCUUACAGGUUUGCUGAGAAAAUGCUCCUUUCAGAAAAGCUAGAUGUGUCUCAUUCUGAUACCGAGGAAUCGGUUACAGACCACGCUGUACCCCUUAGUGUGGAGUUACAGGGGUCUGAUAAGAGAUCCAGGGACAAAGUAGCCCCUGCCCCUAAAAGAGAGAUUCUCUCCAAAAUCUAUAAAGAUGUGUCUGAAAAUGGUCUAGGUCAAGUGUCCAAAGAUGAGCAUUUUGAUAAAGUAACAGUGUUGCACUAUUCUGGAGAUGUUAGUAGCCCAAAACAUGCCAUGUGGAUGCGGUUUUCUGAGGACAGAUUAGACAGAGGUAGAGAAAAGUUGCUAUAUGAAGACAGGGUGGACAGGACCGUUAAGGAGGCAGAAGAGAAACUGACGGAAGUGUCCCAGUUUUUUCGUGACAAAACAGAGAAGUUGAAUGAUGAGCUGCAGUCACCCGAGAAAAAAGCCCGGCCCCAGAACGUCAAGGAUGCCCCUUCUUCCCAAAGCUCAGCCAGCAGCAGCCCUGAGAAGUUACCGCUGACUGAAUCGUUAACGUCCAGUGAUGACUGGGGUAAGGUGAGGCAGCAUGGGCGUGAUAGGAAGGGCUUGCCUCAAGCUGAGGACAAAAAAGCCGCCAGUCUGCCCAGCAGUCCUGAGAGGAGGCUCCUGUCCAAAGAGGCUGAAGACAGCAUGCUCUCAGGGGAGCCCAGAGGAGGAGGUAUUUCACAGAGCAAAGCUUUGGAAGCUGGCUUCCAACUCAAACAAUCCAAACUCAGUUCCAUCCGAUUAAAAUUUGAACAGAGCAUCCAUCCAAAAGGCAAAGAUGUAUCCCAAGAAGAAAAAAAGCUGGACAGCCCAUCCAGAAUUCCAAUUAAAAAAAUACAAGAAAGCAAGCUCCCUGUUCACCAGGUGUACAGUAGAGAAAAGCCACAGAAGGCAGUGGGUCCUGCAGAUGCUUGUGCAUCUUUGCAAAGGGAACUACCGGGGAUGAAAGGAGAGCAGGCCCAGAAUGGUGAAAUGGUUCUAGAUGAGGCCGGUUCUCCUGAUGGCGAGAAACCAAGAACUGAAAUGCCAAGUAAAUCCGUCCCUGAGCAUUAUUCUGAGCAACAGUCAAAAGACUUGGCAACUAAGGGACUGUGGGACCAAAAGAUUUUUAGAACAUGGGAGAGUCCAGGGGCUCCUAACCAUAAGGCACAGAAAGACAAACUCUCACAUGUACUCGUUCAUGAUGUCCAAGAAAAUCACAUUGACCACCCAGAGGAUCAGGGUCUUGAGACAAAGAGCGAGUUGAUCUCUGUGUCCGAGAGAGAACGCCAAUUGUUAACAAAUGGGGCUCACUCCGAAAUUAAGGAAGUGACUGUAAAAUCUCCAUCCAAAAAGGUUUUGUAUAGGGAGUUUGUGGUUAAAGAAGGGGGGCACCCCACCGAAACUGGUGACCGGGCACCCCAGAGAAGUGAAGGCACGGCCGUGUCCCACAUCCCGGUCCGAAUUGCCGAGGAGAGGAAAAUGUUAUUAUCCUCUGCCAUUCCCGAUGGUUUCUGUGACCAGUCCAAAUUUCCCCAGUAUGAACUGUCCCCCAAAUCACCCCAGUCCAGUUUGAGUAAAGAGACAUUUGAGACCCAUCACCUCAGUUCUGUAGAAGAGGAAAAGGUCACUUAUUCUGAGAUCAGCAAAAUCUCUAAGCAUCAGAGUUACGUAGGAUUGUGUCCUCCCCUGGAGGAAACUGAGACCUCCCCUACCAAAUCUCCUGAUUCCUUAGAAUUUAGCCCAGGCAAGGAGUCUCCCUCCAGUGAUUUAUUUGACCAUAGUCCCAUGGAUGGAUUGGAAAAGCCUGCACCAUUAGCAGAGACAGAAGGAGGGAAGGAGAUAAAGACUCUGCCCGUUUAUGUUAGUUUUGUGCAAGUAGGAAAACAAUAUGAAAAGGAAAUCCAACAAGGAAGUGUAAGGAGAAUCGUAAGUCAGGAAUGUAAGACAGUUCAGGAGACCAGGGGGGCAUUCUUUACCAGCAGACAGCAGAAACAGCCUCCCUCUCCCCAGGGGAGCCCUGAAGAUGACACUCUAGAGCAAGUGUCCUUCUUAGACAGUUCAGGGAAGAGCCCUUUAACCCCAGAAACCCCCAGCUCAGAGGAAGUGAGUUAUGAAUUUACUUCUAAGACACCCGACUCGCUUAUUGCUUAUAUUCCUGGCAAACCCAGCCCGAUCCCUGAGGUUUCUGAGGAGUCAGAGGAAGAAGAACAGGUUAAGUCUACAUCCCAAAAACAAGCGACAGCCAUUGACCUAGAAACGUCCAACGCUGUGAGCAAAGACUCUCCCAAAAGAUCCAAAGGUAACAGAGUUGCCUACAUUGAGUUUCCACCUCCCCCACCACUGGAUGCAGACCAGGCAGAGCCAGAUAAGAAGUCCUCUUAUUCCCCUGAGAGGGAGGUAGAAAUGACUGAAGUCAGCCUACAGGACGAGCAUGACAAAUACCAGCUGGCCGAGCCUGUCAUCCGAGUGCAGCCCCCCUCUCCGGUUCCUCCCGGGGCAGAGGUCAGUGACUCUAGUGAUGACGAAUCGAUCUACCAACCAGUCCCAAUCAAAAAGUACACUUUCAAGCUAAAGGAUGUGGAAGAGGAUCAGAAAGAGGGUUCCAAACCCAAGAGUUCUGAAAAGAAGCCCACCAUGAAAGAGCCAGGAAGUAAUGGCCCCAGAAAGGAAAACGAACUUGACCUUGAUUCGCCACAAAACGAAGCCGCGCAGAAUGGUAAUAAUGACCAGUCCAUCACAGAGUGUUCCAUCGCCACCACAGCGGAAUUCUCUCAUGAUACAGACGCGACCGAAAUCGACUCUCUUGACGGCUACGACCUGCAAGACGAAGAUGAUGGUCUCACAGAGAGCGAUUCUAAGCUCCCAGGUCAAACCGUUGACGUCAAAAAAGACGUGUGGAAUACAGAGGGCAUUUUAAAGCCAGCCGAUCGUUCUUUUAGUCAAAGUAAGCUUGAAGUGAUUGAGGAGGAGGAGGGUAAGUUAGGACUCGAAGAAGAAAAGGCCCUCACCAAAGGCUCGGCAUCAGAAAAGACUCCUGACAAAACCGAGCAGAAGUCAGGGACCCAGUUUUUCACACUCGAAGGCAGACAUCCCGAUAGAUCGGUGUUUCCAGAUACCUAUUUCAGCUACAAGGUAGACGAAGAAUUUGCAACCCCUUUCAAGACGGUAGCCACCAAAAGUCUAGAUUUUGAUCCUUGGUCUAAUAACCGAGGUGACGAUGAAGUGUUUGAGACAAAGUCAAGGGAAGAUGAAUCAAAGCCAUUUGGUCUGGCGGUAGAAGACCGCUCUCAAGCCACGACCCCAGAUACCACCCCGGCCAGAACGCCAACUGAUGAAAGUACCCCAACUAGUGAACCCAACCCCUUCCCAUUUCACGAAGGGAAGAUGUUUGAGAUGACUCGCAGUGGCGCAAUUGACAUGAGCAAGAGGGAUUUUGUUGAAGAGAGGCUCCAAUUUUUCCAGAUUGGUGAGCAUACUUCUGAAGGGAAGUCAGGGGACAAGGGGGAAGGGGAUAAAACCGUGGGCAGUGCCAUCACACAGCCACAGUCAGGGGACACUACAGUAGAAACAGACCUAGAGAGCAAAGUAGAGGCAACCGCAGUUGAACACAAACCCGCCAUUCAGCCCAGUGGAGAGUGUCAGGAGGCAGCACUCAGUAGUAGCCCACCGGAGAAGCCACCGGCAGUGGCCACCGCUUCCAAAGUCGAUCCCAAGCUGCGCACGCCGAUCAAAAUGGGAAUUUCUGCUUCCACUAUGACCAUGAAGAAAGAUGGCCCCGGAGAAGGGACAGAGAAAGUAGAAGCUACUAUACUUUCCAGUGGUCAGGGCUUAGAAAAUGAAACCGUAACAGGGAUUGCAAGUGCAGCAUAUAGCCAGAGAGACUUUAGGCCGAAAGAAAAGCAUGAUUUUCCAAAAGAUAAUUUUAAUAACAACAACAAUUUGGAUUCAUCCAUUAUGCAGACAGAUAACACUGCCAGUAACGUAGUGCUCCCAGACCUGCCCGUUCCCACUUGUGCCACUGAGAAAGUUAACCCGCUCCGAAGCUCUUCAGGGGCUCUGCAAGGACAUUGUCUAAAAGAGACACAGAAAGUAACUGAAGAACAGAAAAAGAAAAAAGAACCAGUAGGGCUUAGGCCAAAAUCCAAACUUCCCAUAAAGGCUACCUCCUCCAAAGAUGCCUUCCCGCCAAAAAAUGUUCCAAACAAGGCAGUGAGUAAAACGCGGCAGGUUAGUAAACCCGAGAGAACUAAAACCCUUAGCUCUUCUCCAUGUCUAGAAGCAAGGUCCAGGAUUCCAAUAAAAAACCCACACAGAGAGAACCUAACUAUAGCCAGAGAAACAGGCACCAAGCCCCAACCAGGCCAGCUAGAAAGAGGCAGGAUCAAGCAGCUUCCUUCCAAAUUACCAGUAAAGGUAAGAUCUGCCUGCGUGGCGGCGACCACAGGGAGAGUCAGGAAAGCCCAGCUCAGGGAGGUAUGUAAACAUUCGAUUGAAUAUUUUAAGGGAAUUAGUGGUGAGACGCUAAAGCUCCUGGACCGUCUGUGUGAGGAAGACAGAAAGACGCAGCCCGAGGGCUCCGAUGACGAAGACAGUCCGUCCAGAAACUCAUCCUCCUCAGAAGUGCCUCGGGUUUGCCCACCUCCCAUUACACCGAAGUCCGCUAGAGAUAAGAGAAAGGAGGCAGCGUCAUUAAAAUCAAAGAAUGGAAAGGCCGGCAGUGAGAGAAGGCUCAAUAGGAGGACUGGUCCGCAAAGUCCAUGCGAACGGACAGAUAUCAGGAUGGCCAUUGUGGCUGAUCAUCUGGGGCUGAGCUGGACAGAACUGGCGAGAGAGCUGAAUUUUUCCGUGGAUGAAAUCAACCAAAUCCGUGUAGAAAAUCCAAAUUCUUUAAUUGCUCAGAGCUUCAUGUUAUUAAAAAAAUGGGUUACCCGAGAUGGAAAAAAUGCGACAACUGAUGCCUUAACUUCUGUCUUGACAAAAAUUAACCGAAUAGAUAUAGUGACCUUGCUGGAAGGACCAAUAUUUGAUUAUGGAAAUAUUUCCGGCACCAGGAGCUUUGCAGAAGAAAACAAUGUUUUUCAUGAUCCCGUUGAUGGUUAUCCUUCCCUUCAAGUGGAACUGGAAACCCCCAAGGGGUUGCUCUACCCUCCACCCACCCCUUUCCAGCACGAUGAUUAUUUUAGUGAUAUCUCUAGCAUAGAAUCACCCCUUAGAAGUCCCAGUAGACUGAGUGACGGGCUAGGAACUUCCCAGGGAAAUGUAGAUGGGACGGCAGAAGGACCUCCAGUCGUGACGGCGGAAGACACUUCCUUAGAAGAUGGCAAGCUGGACUUCUCAAUGCCUCGCCAGGAGAGCCAACUGGAGGAUGUUUGUCUGAGCAAGUAUCCUCGGCGCCCCGGAAGCUUGGCUGGGCUCCACAAAGGUGUCGAGCUCUCGCAGGAAAUAGACAAGUCUAGCAAAGUAGAGAUGAGGCUUAAGCAGCAGGAGACAGGAAGCUCUGGUCCUGAGGAGGAGAUGACGGAAGACAAACUGAAGUCUCUAUUUGAGGACAUUCAGCUGGAAGAAGGGAUGGAGUCUGAGGAGAUGACAGAAGAAAAGGUUCGGGCUCUGCUCAAAGGGGUAGAGCAAAUCGAACGGGAAAUGUAUUCAAUUACAGGUUGGCAGAACGAGGCCUCCACGGGCAGCCCCGAGCCGCCAAUGCCGGGUCGCCGGAUAGCUGGUGGGUUACUGGAUCGACUGGAUAACAGCCCCGACCAAUGUAGGGAUUCUAUUACCUCAUAUCUCAAAGGAGAUGCUGGCAAAUUUGAAGCCAACGGCAGCCACCCCGAGGCCUUUCCUGAAACCACGGCCAAGUCUCACAUCCAAGAAUCUCAGAACGAUGUUGGAAAGCUGAGGGACAAGGAGCCUCUGAAACCAAAAACCCCAGGUUCUGGCCGCAGCGACGGGCCAGCAGCCUAUCAGAAAUCUGUGGAAGAAACUAGCAAGCAUUUAGCAGAUGAGAUCAAAACCUCUGUGCCUGUCAGUGUGAAAAAGAUGAAUAGGACUUCUCCCGGGGAUGUCAAGACACGGCUAAACGUCCAUGAGGAAGAGGGAGCUGUUGUGCCUGAGCACAAGGUUAAAAGUCCAGGUGUGGCUCUCACACGGAUCGCUGCCUGCUGUUACCAGGAUGAUAAAGAGAGCGAGAGUAAUUCAAGCUCAGAGGAAGAACGGAGGGUCACUACCAGAGUUAUUCGCCGACGUUUGAUUAUAAAGGGAGAGGAAGCCAAAAACAUUCCCGGUGAGUCUGUUACAGAAGAACAGUUUACUGAUGAAGAAGGUGCCAUCAUCACAAGAAAAAUCACGCGGAAAGUAGUAAGACGUAUCGCUUUACCACAAGAAUGGAUAGUUGGUGUAACGCAGGGAGAAGGUUAUAAGGUGAAGACAAAGAAAGAAAUCCGCCCUGUGGAAAAGAAGAGCCACUCAUAACGGCAGGACGGUGAACGGAGUAUAUGCUUUUACUGCCAGUAUUCAAGAGAGAGAGAGAGUCAUGGAAGAAAAAUCAACAGGAAUUGAAAAUCUACCAAGGAGAAUAUGUGCGUGCGUGCGUGCGUGCGUAUCUGUGUGCGUGUUUGCUGCUUCCACACAUUAACCGCAUCGUUUUUAUGCAAAAAAGAGAGAAAAGAAAGGGGAAAAAAAACAGAAAGAAAAGACGCCCCACACAUUUUAAUUUCGCAUGAGCAUGGAAAUCCCCUCUCAUUCCCGGGAUCUAAGAGCGCCCCAUUGUGAUGCAGCACACACAGAAGACACUGACCACAGAAGACACAGAAGACAGUGACCACACUCUUACCAGCUUUGUUUGAUGUCAUCACAAAAGAUCACGAUUCCUGUGGCCAGACGGAACAGAGGAGGACAAGAUGGCGGAUGUGAUUGAAAGACGCUCAAAUGGCUAAACCCACAACAGCUCGCCUUAUUUCUCUUGGACCCAAACUGUCAGGGCAUAAACACUGUUUGUUUCUUUUUUAAAACAUCGGUAGUUUUGCUGUAAAUAAAUAACACUGUAUAAAUUCUAACAGAAAAAUAGAAUAAAUAUGGAUAAGGCACUGCCUCUUAGGACACAGACGAAAUAUCACAAAUGCAUUUAACAGACUAGGAGGUCCAAGGGGCUCUACCUAUGGGGGGAGACUUGGGGCCGGGGGUGGGAGGGAGUGGGGAUCUUCACUGAUUCUUGUAUAUUAGCAAUUAUAAUGUUUGUAUAUGCAAAACUGCUAGCUUGAUUUUAAAAAAAUCUUUAAAAUCUGCUGCAAAUUUAAAUGAUUCCCAAAAUGAGGAAUUCUGUAGUUCUGUGAAAAUUUUUCUGCAGAGUACUAAUAUUUUGAUGCAUGUGUAUCACCUUAUUUUGAUUAAAAUCUUUUCCAAUUUUGCAAACACUACAGUAUACCGCAACACGAAAGAGGAGAUUUUAUCUGUAAACACAACGCCCUUCAUCUAAUAUUUGUUGCUGUUGCCAAUUUUUCAAUGAAACAAUCUUAAAAAAGGAAAAAAAAAAAGAGACUACCAUAGUUGCUUUUGGGGGAGGGGGGUGCUAACUGUUACUGCUUACAAAGGGGGGUUAAUGCUUGCAGCUUUAGAGAUGGGUUGGUGCUCAAUAGAGGCACAAGUUUUGGUAUUUAAAAAAAAAUGAACUGAACAGAAACUAUUAGCUCUUAGACUGGCAGCACGCUGUAAAAUUAUUACCGUCUUGUGGACUGGCGCUCAGAUGUAGAAUUUUCCAGCAAGCCAAUCAUCUGUAACCAUUCUAGCACUGUAAUAUUAGGUUCUUAAGGCUGCUGUGUUUUAAGGGGCAUUUUUAUUUGGGUUUUGGUGAAAUACUUUAAUUUGUUGAUUAUAUUCAUAUCAAAACAGCAUUCAUUGACAAAUAGCUCUAAUGACAUAUGUAUGAAAAAACACACUGGAUGAUCUAGUUAAUUAUUUAAGCAUAAAAAUAAAUUGUGUUAAAACUCUUCA